CAACGCGGUAUUAAAGCAACGAGGUGUCCGCGUUCAAGUUCGAGAUUUGGGAUCAACGAUAUCGUUGAACGUCUUCAAAUGGAGUGAGUUUGAUAUACACUGUUUGAAGAUACGUAGUAUUCUCCCGAACUUCGGCCUACGUGUUAUCCUGCUCUAAGCAUGUCUUCUUUCCUCCGCCCAAAACGCACGUCCGCCAACCGUCAGUCUUCAUGGCACCCGCCCGCUCUCCGACCAUUGAGUUUAAUACUCGCGAUACUCGUCUGCUGGGCCUUCAUUGCUGUGCUUGAGUACUUCCUCUCCAAAAGCCAACACGAUGGCGGAGUCGUAUUUGCGACAAAGAUCAGCGACCUACCUCUGAGCCAGUGCUUUACAUUUUUGUAUAUGCCUACUAUCAUCGCCGUCGUCUUCAGCAUAUUCUGGGUCUGGAUCGACAUCGAUGCGAAACGGUAUCAGCCUUAUCACCAGCUUUCCAGAGCGAAGGGGGCGUUGGGCAAGGACUCGUUGCUCUUGACUUACCCUUUCGAUUUUGGGCCGUUUGUGCCGUUUCAUGCACUGCGGAAUCGUCAUUGGCUUGUUCUUCUGUCUUCUACUGCAGUCCUUUUUGUCACAUUUGGCAUCGUACCCCUCCAAGCCGGCCUCUUCUCUACUCGAUCCAUCACUCGGACCUUCCCUGAAACAUUCAUAUCAUCAAAGGCGUUCUUGGAUGCUUCGAAACAGGAGAAUGAGCUCACAAUUCAGUUCACUCAAUCUGCUUACGGAAUCCUGACCUUAAACGAGACCCUUCCGGCGUAUAUGAACGAAACCUAUGCGCUGGCUCCGUUUGUAUUGCACGAGGCUGAACAUCAGCAGCAAGAGACAUGGACUGCAGAGACAACACUGUAUAGUAUGGACUUGAAGUGCGAGAUGACUAAACGGACUCAGACCAGAAACACGAUCUUCUUGAACAGCACAUUGUCAGUCUGCGGCUAUCCUCUUGACGACAUGGGGAACACCACGACGAAUUCUUCUCUCGGCAUAGAACGCUACUCAGCUAAUUUCGCUGGAUUCGGGACCACCGCAGACUGGUCCGGAAAAAGCCAAACAGAACUUCUUGCACUUUCUCUUUUCUGCGACAACGAGGCGCCGGCGAACAACUCCUUCUUCGCAGCGUUCAGUCAGAACAAAGAGAAAGAAGACGAUCCAGCAAUUGAUCCAACAUCAAUCUUCUGCGAGAUGGACUAUUACGAGCAAACCGUACGAGCAACCAUCGACGCCACCUCAAAAGCACCGCUGCAGGUCAUUCCGCUUGAUUCGAAAAGACCGGUGUCUGCAGGAGUAUUUGACGAGUUUUCCUUCCAGAGCGCCUUGGCUAUUGAGGAAAAGCCCAUGUUUGCUCGCUUUCCGACAGAGUCUGACGAUAUCGUCACACGAACAAACAACCUCCCGAUUGUGAAGAUACCGAGAUAUAUCGAGCAGCUUUCAGGGAAAGAUAUCACUUUCAAACUCAAGUCUAGCGAUGGUUGGGAUCUCCCGGCAAUGGCAGCGAUGGCUAUAGUGGCGGGUGGAAGGGAGCUUGGGGAUUACUUAGAUGCGGAUGUUCUUGGAGAGAGUUACGAGAAGGCUUAUCGUCUGCUAUUUGCCCGCAUCAUGACUGACAUUCUCGCUACGGACUUUUCGGCCGAUACAACGAAUGUUACCGGGCAGAAAGAGGUCGUUUUUGAGGCACUCGUCAUUGAACCUGUCUUUGCAUACCUGGUUGAGGGGUUCUUGGCUUUCGUUUCUCUACUGGGUGUAGCUCUGCUGUAUCUCAGUGUUGUUCGGAAGAAGAAACUUCACUCGGACCCAGGUACCAUUGCUGCGACAAUGUCUCUGGGCGCUGAAAACACUCCUCUUCUUUCCAUAUUCGAUACCCUGGAUUGCUGCUCCGAGAAACAUCUACAGCAACAGUUGAGUGACAAAAGGUUCAAGCUUACCGACGACAACUCUGCAACUAGGAUCGCUUUCGAAAACGAUCCCGAUCAUCCAUCAGAGUCGUUGUCGCUCACCGAGCCUGAUGAAUCAGAAAUUGCGAAGCCUCAUCGGCCACUUCAGUUUAAUUUCUUCAUCAUCAUGUUGAUGAUCCUAGGCUUCUUGGCUGUUGCAAUCACGUUUGGCGUAUUAUUUGUUAAGAGCAGAUCACAUGGCCUCGCAUUGCCUUCAAAGAACAAGGUCGUACAAAACCUUGUUAUCAACUUUGUCCCUACUGCGAUUGCAACCUUGAUUGAGCCCGCUUGGAUAUUCAUCAACCGACUCUUCUGCGUGCUACAACCGUUCGAAGAACUGCAAGGCUCAAAAGCUCGUGCCGCCCGGUCGAUUGACUUGAAUUAUAGCUCGCUGCCACCCCAACUUACUAUCUUCAAGGCCUUCCGAUCUGGUCAUCUUACGCUGGCAACAGUUUGCGUCAUGGCGUUGUUGGCUAAUUUGCUCGCUACUGCAUAUGCAGGGAUUUUCAUCGUGGAUCAGAGGUUGAUGCCUACCCAGACAACGUUCGCGUCGCUAUACGAUGCGAAAUUUGUGAACAUAAACGGCUCUGCUGGGCCUCCAAGAGAAGGAGAACGGGAGGUCUAUGAGACUGUGUACAGCGGUGCGUACCAAGGCGGAACGGGUGAAAGUCAAUUCCUUGUUGCCGAGUCCAACUACACGCACAAUACGUCUCUACCAGCCUGGAUAGACAACACAGCCAUGUAUCUGCCGUUUACGAUACCCGAAACUGCGAACACGACCGAGGAGAGGUUUCGCGCUCGCACAAAGUUCUUCAGCGCGGAAGCAAACUGCAAACCAAUGGUGCUUGGCCAGGAUUACCAGCUCCAGUUGUUUGCAAACCACUCUGAUGAAUUCGACAACGGACCCAUCAGCUUCAAGCCCAAGGUGAUAGACGGAAAUGGCAAAUCAGUAACGUGCUAUGGGAACGACCUCGAGUUUAACGUUGGACCAGGCAGUAACCCCAUGGGCAAACGCGUCUCGGGGAAACUCGCAGCAGAACUGGUGGCUACGCUUGUUGCAGGCCCAAACAACACCAUCCAGUCUGACCAAGAUACAUGCAGGUCAGCCGUAGCCAUAGGAUGGAUGAAGAAAGCACCAGCAGAAUGGAUUGAUGUCAUGAACGCGACAAUAGCCGAAGCAACAAGCAAAGACACUUUCUUCGUGCUCUGCCAACCCAAGCUGAUCAUUGGAGACGCGACCAUUGUGGUUGACUCCAACGGGCGACUGCAGGAGAAACCCGUCGAUGCCGUGCCCGACCCAGAUCAGAGCGAGCAAGGCCUCGACCGAUACUUCUCCAACGGCGCCCAUAACGUCAUCGCUCAGUCCAACCUCUUCUUGUUCAGACCCAUAGGCACCGGAUGGCACAACGACUCCUACGCAGGAGAAUUCCUCCCCUACUUCAUCAACCGCGCGUCGAACAGCGUGCAAUCAUCCGAUCCCAGCGAGCCACUACCCCAAUUCUCCGACAUCGACGAACCCCUAAACAAGGCAUACACCAAACUCUUCGCAAUCUGGCUCGGCGUCAACAUCGACAGCCUCUUCGUGCCGUUGUCGAGCGCAACGAGCUCAGUGGCAGGAGAAAUCUUCAACCAAGAAGAACGCCUCUUCUUCAACACCACACUCUUCAUCAUCUCCGAAGUCGUCCUAGGCAUAUACAUCCUCACAGCAAUCCUCGUGUACUUCCGCCGCCCCGGCCGCUACCUAGCCCGCAUGCCAACCUCCAUCGCAGCAAUCAUAUCGCUGUUCGCCGCCAGCGCCGCCGUCAAAGACCUGCAAGGAACGUCGCACUUUUCCGCCAAAGAGCGCGCGGCGUUCCUCAAGAAGCUUGACGCGAGGUAUGGAUAUGGGAGCUAUGUUGGCGGAGACGGAAGCGUGCAUGUUGGUAUUGAGAAGACUCCGUUUGUGAGGCAUAGGAGGGAGGUUACGUUUGCGCAUACGAAGGCGGAUAAGGAGCGGAGUAGGGGGGUGAAGGAGGGGACGGGGCCGGAGUAUGAACUUGUUGGAGGCGGGAAGAUAAAUGUGUCGGUGUGGAAUCGGGUGGUGCCUGGGUGGGUGCGGAGGGUUGGGAAGGGGGAGAGAUGA